AUGGAACAUGGCAUGUGCAAUGUCAUCUACACGGACCGGCGCGCCAACGACGAACACGUGCAGCGAGAGACGCUCUCCGAUUCACUCGUGGCGCGGAAGAGCACCGGCAAUGUAGGCCAGAGCUAUUUCGCCCUGGGCAAGACGCCGCCCGCUGAAGUGCAUGCGAACGUGGAAGCGAUCCUGUCCAUGUUCAACGAAGGCUACCUAGUCCACAUCUGCGGUUCAGGCCGAGCAUGUUUAUCCAAGAUCGCCAGCAUACUCGAUUCGCCCAGAGGCAAUGCGCCCAUCUUUGUCAUCAUAGACGUCCCCUACGCCGAAGAGCAGCGCCUCAAGCGGUUGUCGCGCGAACCACGCACGCCCUCGCCCACCUCUGGGCGUGUAAUACGAGUAGAUACGAGCGAACCCAACGACAUUUACGGCACCCACCUCCUCACGCACGUGUCCUCGGAGAUCUCGUCCAGAAACUUUUCCAAGCUCGUUGUACCCGUGGUCAUGUUGACUGGUCUGGAGCACGAACCUGGUCCAUCAGGCCUACCCUCGCCAGGCAUAUACGGCGCCCAAGUUCUGACCGACAAUGUCCGCAUAUCUCGCUACCUGGACGCUGGCGCUUUCGAUGUCUUUUCAAGUCCUCUGUCCAAAGAUCGCAUGCACGGCCUGGUCAUCCACGCCUACCGACUGCAAAAAGAAUUUGCGCGUGAAGAGGCCAGUUUUCUGACUUCUAAGAGAAACCGGAAACUCUCGUGGGUCGGCGUCGACGAUGCCAAGCCUUACGGGUACCUUCGUGAGGCAAUGGUGUCGAAUCUGAUGACCGGUAUCUGUAAUCCAGAGACUGUAGGAGAGUCAUUAGAUGCCGGAGUCGUUGUGGAAGAGGCGCUUGGAACGUGGGCUUUCUCCGCUCACGAUUACACCGACGACGAGCUCCUCUACGCAGCACUAGUCAUGCUUCAACAUGCUCUACAAAUGCCAGAGCUCGACAAGUGGAGGAUACCAGAAGGCAUGUACUUCUCUCGCACUGCGUACAACGAAUUCGUCAAGUACCAUAAUUUCCGCCAUGUCGUCGAUGUUCUCCAGGCCCUUUUUCACUUUCUUGUCAGAAUAGGAACUUUACUUCCGUAUCCUCCAAACGACUCUUCCGGCUUGUUACCGAAGUCGCCAAUAGCUGAGCUCUUGAAGCCCUUUGACGCGCUCACGCUUCUCAUUUCCGCCAUUGGACACGACGUUGGCCACCCGGGUGUCAACAACGCAUUUCUUGUAGCCUUGAAUGCGCCAUUGGCGCAACUGUACAACGACCGCUCCGUUCUAGAAUCUUUCCACUGCGCAGCGUAUUCACAAAUACUGCGUCGAUAUUGGCCACAGGCUUUUUCGGAUAGUGCGAUGCGGAAACUAAUGAUUAACAACAUCCUCGCUACCGAUAUGGGUCUGCAUUUCAAAUACAUGACCGACCUUGGAAACCUGCAACAGAAGAUUGCGCACGACCAAGGUGACACCGAUGGCUGGAAUUCCAAGAUGAAGGAAGAGCAAAAGGACCUGGCUUGUGGUGUCUUGAUCAAGUGCGCUGACAUUUGCAACGUGGCGCGAAAAUUUGACACAGCGGCAAAGUGGGCCAACAUCCUCACAGACGAGUUUAGUAACCAGGGCAUCAUGGAGCAAGAAUUACAGAUGCCUUCAUGUCUGUUUGGCGGGCCGCCCGUUCGAGAUGACUUGAUCAAGCUUGGAGAGUCCCAGAUUGGCUUCAUGAACAUCUUCGCCUGUCCAUUGUUUGAAGCAGUCACCGAUAUUCUACCAGCGAUGCGGUUUGCUGUCGAUGAAAUCCUGGCAAACAAGACUGUCUGGGAAAACAAGAUCGACAGUGAGCGCUCCAAGAAGAGAAAACACCCCAAUUUCUCGUUGGGUAAGCUAGUUCCUGCCUUUGCUGUCGAUCCGUCUCCAAGUCCAUUCUCUGGCGGGCCGCCCAGAUCGAUUGCUGAAGUGAGUGCGCCAGUAAUCACACCAGACGCAACCGCGCAGGAAUCGUUGGACGAAACUCGACGUCGAGGGUCGAGCGGAACCAUCCAGGCAACCGUUGUAGAAGCACAGGGCUCGCCAGCGGUCGUUGACAAGGACCCAUGGCGGUUAUCUGCAGCAGCUCUCGUAGCACAACGCCAGACACAGCCAGAGUAA